GGGAUUUGUGAACGUGUGCUAUACUGCAGACGAAAGAAAGCAGCUGAAAGCUGACGCCUAAAAUAAUUGUAUGAUACAUGCGCGAGCAACGCGGUGUGAUUUGCUUGGGGGGAGAGAACAAGAAAAGAAUAUUAAAGCAGAAAACCAUGAGAAAAAGAACAGCCCAUCCAAUGAUUUCUGUCUCUUUGCUUUACUUGUUUUAACAACAGUAGAUUUGAACCCCUUGCUGGCCUGGCAAUAUUCUGUGGCUGGCUGGACUUGGACUUGCUGGCUUGGCCGGUCCCUACCCUUUAUUAUCUCUAUCUUUGUUCGUGUUACUAUUGUUAUUAUUAUACUAGUAGCACCAAAUCUUUUUUUUCUUGUAUCACCCUGCGCCUGAGUAGCAUCUGUGGGGGAAGAGUGCUCAGUAGAGUUUCAGUUGUCUUGGAGUCCAACCAAGCGGCAAGAUCUAUUUGAAUUGAGACAUGGAGACAGAGAAGAAACCGGCAUCAGCUGUAUCGGACAUUGGAGCUUGGGCUAUGAAUGUUGUCAGCUCUGUUGGCCUUAUCAUGGCCAACAAGCAGCUCAUGUCACCUAGCGGCUAUGCCUUCGUCUUUGCAACAACGUUAACUGGGUUCCACUUCUCUAUGACCGCCUUAAUCGGUAUGGUGUCCAAUGCAACUGGUUACUCAACAAAAAAGCACGUUCCUUUGUGGGAGCUUCUUUGGUUCUCAGUCGUUGCCAAUACUUCAAUAACCGGGAUGAACUUGAGCCUCAUGCUGAAUUCAGUUGGUUUUUAUCAGAUUUCAAAGCUAAGUAUGAUUCCAGUGGUUUGUGUGAUGGAAUGGAUCCUCCACGGUAAACACUACUCAAGCAAAGUCAAGAUUGCAGUCAUUGUGGUGGUGGUUGGCGUGGGCGUUUGUACAGUUACUGAUGUAAAAGUAAACGCACAAGGAUUUCUCUGCGCCUGUGUCGCUGUCCUCUCUACCUCCUUACAACAAAUUUCAAUUGGCUCCUUACAGAAGAAGUACUCGAUAGGCUCUUUUGAAUUGCUCAGUCAAACAGCUCCAAUCCAAGCUCUAUCUCUUUUGCUGCUUGGUCCAUUCAUUGAUUACUACAUAAGUGGCAAAUUACUGGCAAGUUAUAAGUUUUCGUCACCUGCAAUUUUUUUCAUACUACUCUCAUGCUUCUUAGCAGUAUUCUGCAAUAUAAGCCAGUAUCUGUGCAUCGGGCGAUUCUCAGCCGUCUCUUUCCAGGUUCUAGGCCACAUGAAAACAGUUUGUGUCUUGAUGCUGGGAUGGCUGCUCUUUGAUUCAGAGCUGACACUGAAAAACAUACUCGGGAUGGCCAUUGCUGUCCUUGGCAUGGUAGUAUACAGUUGGGCAGUUGAGGCUGAGAAGAAGCAAGCUGAUUCCAAGGUAAUCCCAUACCUGACAGAUGCUUCGGAAGAAGACGUUAAACUAUUGAAGCAGCAAGUGGACGGGUCUCCACCACUCAAGGAUGUUGAGCUUGGGAAAUCUCAAGGAUAGAUUUGUAUUUUCCGCCAAAGAUAUUGUUCCUAUGUUCUAAUUAAGCACUGGGACCGGCUGUACAAAAUGUUAAAUUUAUUGUGUUACUAAAAUUUUCUUUUC